AUGAUUGCCUCCACAAAGAAGCCCUACUUCGGGCUUACCGGAGGAUGGCUUACCUUUUGGCUCACUGUAGCCUGUGCCACUGAUAUGAUGUUAUUUGGAUACGAUCAAGGAGUGUUUAGUGGUGUUGUGGUUACCCGUGACUUCUUAGAAGUCCAUGAUCUUGUCGGCCCUACCAAAACCACAGUCCUCUCCACGGUUGCUGCCAUUUAUGACAUCGGUUGUUUCUUCGGAGCCAUACUUGCCUUUACAAUAGGCGAGCGACUGGGCCGCAAAAAAUCCAUUCUUUUGGGUACUGUCAUUAUCGCCGCCGGCACCAUCCUUCAGACAUCAUCUUAUAGCCUACCGCAAAUUUUCAUUGGCCGAAUUGUGCUAGGUCUCGGGAACGGAAUCAACACCGCAACGGCCCCUAUUUGGCAAACAGAAACGGCACAAGCGAAAUGGAGAGGAAAACUUGUCAUCCUGGAUCUUGGGUUGAAUGUCGGCGGGUACUGUAUUGUUAAUUGGAUAAACUAUGGUCUCUCCUUCCGCGGGGGUGCCAUUGCAUGGCGCAUGCCGAUCGCUCUACAGCUCACUUUCGUCAUUAUCUUGCUUGUAACUAUCCCCUGGCUUCCGGAAUCCCCAAGAUGGCUCAUGACACAAGCCCGCGAAGAUGAGGCGAUCGAAGUACUUGCGUGUGUCGAGGCUACAUCCAUUGACGAUCCAGUUAUUAUAACCCAACGUGAUGAGAUUAAAUUCAGCAUCACAUACGAAAGAGAAAAUGCUGUCCGAUGGCGCGAUCUUGUGCUCCAAAGAAAAACCGAUAAUACCAAAAUUCUUCGUCGGUUGCUUCUCGGUGCCGGCACACAGGCCAUGCAGCAGCUCCAAGGUAUCAACAUCAUGAGUUACUAUCUCCCGUUAGUCCUCAUGAACUCGGUCGGACUUUCAGAUAGGAUGGCCCGUCUGUUGACGGCUUGCAACGCGACCUCAUAUUUUAUUUUCUCGUGUGCCGCAGCCACAAUAGUAGAGCGAGUCGGCCGUCGAGGCUUGAUGAUGUUAUCUGGGUUUGGCCAGUUCCUUUCCUUCCUGAUUAUCACAAUUCUCCUUUACUUGGCCGAGAAGAAUACAGUAUACGCUACUGCCUCCGUUGCAUUCUUCUUUGUCUAUCAUAUUGCCUUUGGAAUGGGUAUGCUAGGUGUUCCAUGGCUGUAUCCCACUGAAAUCAACUCACUCCCCAUGAGAACGAAGGGAGUAGCAGUUUCGACAGCAACCAACUGGAUCACUAAUUUUGCUAUUGUCGAGAUUACACCUAUCGGUAUUCAAAGCAUUGGAUGGAAAUUUUGGAUUGUGUGGACCGUCCUCAAUGCGAUCUUCCUGCCAAUUAUUUACUUCCUGUAUCCAGAGACAGCAAACCGGAGACUGGAAGACAUUGAUGCGUACUAUCGCUCCAACCCACCACUCAUCGUGGCCGGUGAUGCAGAUGCCAUUUCGACAAAAAGACCGCUUCAGUUCAUCUAUCACGAAGAUGAAGAAGUUCAAAAGAAUGCGAAGGAGGCUGCCACUGGUGCUGUCGAGUACGAAGAACACGUAAAUUAG